UGGAGUGGGCAGAAAGGGGAAGUUCACGUGCUAUACAUUUAAACCUAACGGAUCUAAAAACAGACCUCUGAUAUGAUUCAUGAUAAUAUUUCCAUCCUGUUAGAAAGUGAAAGAACAACUGAGCAGAGGAAGUAUUUCUGUUCCUAGAAAAAGGACAGGAGAACUUGUUGCAAAACUGUUGAAGAAAAGUUGACAUCUCAUCAUUCCUGAGAAGACUCUCCCACAGCUGUCCCCCUCAAUCUCACUGCCAAAUAUUCCUUCACACGUCUGUAAUGGCCAACUCCACAGAACGUAGCGUAACCCCCACUGAAAGCAAAUCUGACACAUCACCCAUAUCUAUUCAGGGACCAUACUUUGAAGCCAUAGUUGGAGUUGUCAUUGCUGUGGUGGUUCUGGUCCUGAUCCUCCUCCUGGCCGUCAUUCUGCGAUACCUGUAUAAGCACAAGGGCACAUAUCAUACCAAUGAGGCCAAGGGCACAAAGUUCGGGGAGACAGCAGACGCUGCUCUGCGUGGAGACCCUGCCCUGCAGGACGCCAUGGAUGAGAGCAAGAAAGAGUAUUUCAUAUGAGACACAAUAGCUGGCCUUUUAUACACAUCAUAUAAUAAACUCCUACAGGCACACAUGACGCCUCAAUCCUGUUUGCUGGAGCGGUGAAGUAACUGUUUUCUAACAGAAACAAACGUGUGAAAUGUCUUCUAUAUUUGAGAUUGUACAUAUUUAUUUGUUCCUCAGAAAGAGGUAAUAUUGAGUACAGAUGAAAGAAUACGCCACACUCCUUGUAAAGCUGAGCGUCUGAACAAACAUCAGCUCAGGAGAAUGAGAUGCUAUUCAGAUGAAGGGAAGGAAAGUCUUUGAUCUCGUUAGACAGAAUGUGAAUGAUAGGGGAUAUAUGAAGACAUUGAAAUCAACACUGUUACAAAACAAUAAUGUGAAAUUAAUUGGUCUCAUAUCUAUAUUCGAUAUACUAUAUAUGACAUAUGUGACCCUGGACCAUAAAAAAAGGUGUUUAGGGUAUUUUUUAUUUUAUUUUUAUUGAGGUUAAUAUAUCAUCUGAAAGCUUAAUAUAUAAGCUUUCCAUUGAUGUAUGGUUUUAAAUAUUGGACAAUAUUUGACUGAUAUACAACUAUUUGAACAUCUGGAAUCUGGCGGUGCAAAAAAAUCGAAAUAUUGAGAAAAUUGCCUUUACAUUUGUCCAGAUGAAGUUCCUUGUAAUGCAUAUCACUAAUCAAAAAUGAAGUGUUGAUAUGGUAGGAAAUGUGCAAAAUAUCUUAAUGGAACAUGUUCUUUACUUAAUAUCCUAUUGAUUUUUGGUAUAAAUGAAAAAUCUAUAAUCUUGACCCUUACAAUGUAUUUUUGGCUAUUGCUAGAAAUACACCCCAGCGACAUAUGACUGCUCCAGGGUCACAAUAUGAAUCAGGUAUCAGAUUCAUGAAUAUCUUAACAAGUAAGAAGUACUAUUUUAAGAAGUUUGUUAAAAGAUGAGAAUAGCUUUGGUGUUGUCUGAUUGUAUGACAGUUCUUGCCAAAGGCUCACCGAUCAUCUCAAUAUUAAACACCUCAUAAGAAUCUUUUUUGCUCUGCCUGUAGAUUAAUCUAAUGAUCAUUAUAAGCAUGCGCACUAUUUUCUUUGUGACUGGCUUUAAGGCAUCUCAGUCCUCAGUGUCUCAUUUUUAAUUCCCCAUGUUUUUAAAUAGUAACCCAUAAAGAGCCUGUCUCAAGAUCGAAACUUUCUAUCACUUGUCACAAAACAUAAAACUCGUUAUUCAGAAGUUCAGCUUUUAAGAAUCUUUACUCAGACAAGAGGGAAAACACUGAGGAAAAACCACUGUGUUAUUAGAGGCAGAAAUAUGUCUUAUACAUACUAAUAUCUACAUACACUUUUAGAAAAAUUGGGUAAAAACGUUUUAUCCUUUUAAAAUAUAAACCUUGUACCUAAAGGGUGCAUGAGUACAUAUCAGUAAAAGGCACAUGUUAGCUUGUUUUGAAGUUUUUGUACAUUCUUCUGUUUUUACUGUGGUGAUUCUAAAUGUUUUUUUUUUUUUUUCUACUUUUUGUAAGAAUGUCUAGGAAUUAAUUGUUGGACUGAUCUAAUGAAAUGUUGCUUUCAGAUUAGAAGCAGUAUUAGAGUUAGUCAGUGGAGUAAAUAAAGGAGAAAAGUAUCUGAUUCAGAUGCCUUAACUUUUAAAUUUCAUCUAUAGUAAUGCUUUGGCAACAAAUAAAACGAAUUACAUUG